AUACUAUAGAUCAGGGUUCAAACCAGUGUCGCUGUUAGCAUCGACGAAAACUGUCCGUGCGUGGCCAGGAAGCACUGGGGCUCAGAAGCUUGGUAGUAACUAUGGUCCGACACUACUACCCUUGCGGGAAGCUAUUGAGAUGGGCUACUCGCAAAUAUUAUGGUUGUUGCCGACUGAUGUGACGGCAAAGGACUACUACGUAACGGAGGUUGGUACGAUGAACCUGUUUCUGGUAUUUCGUACGCCGGAUGGUAUAGAAGUGACAACACCAUCCUUGAGUGAUGUGAUCCUGCCAGGAAUAACCCGAGACUCAGCAUUACAAGUUCUGACAUCUAAUAAUGCGCCACCUGGUAUAAAGGUUUCGGAAAGAGAUGUCACUAUGAAUGAAGUCAUCGAAGCUUUCGAGACUGGCAAUCUCUUGGAAGUGUUCGGUACCGGUACAGCAGCUAUUGUAUGUCCGGUUGAUCUGAUCCACUACAAGGGAAAGGAUAUUCGUAUACCGGUUGAUGAGCAAGUCGGAGCUGGCCCUAUCUGCAAAUUCGUCUUGGACACU